UUGUAACUAUAAUAAAAAAGAUCAUAAAUGAGAAGAGUUUAAUCAGCUGCCCCAAAUUUAGGUAAAAUAAAUAAUGAUAUUUUAGAGUUUUCUAUGGAGGAUAUGUUUAAAAUAGCUACAAAAUAAACAUCUGCUUUUGGAAUAGAAGGAUAUGAAGUUGCUAAAAAGUAUGUAGACCCAUUAAAAUAAAUGGAAGAAAGAAAGUUUUCUGCUUAAAAGAAAGGUUAUAUAUUUGUAAAUUCUUAUUUUAGGUUAAAAAAAUUUAGGUUAUGUGACAAGAAGAGGACAUUAUUUAGAAGAUCAAAAGAAAAUUUAUGAAAAAUUACCAGCUCCUAAUAAAUAUGAUAUUGUUAAACCUUGGGUUAUUUAAGCUCAAACAACUCGUUCUAGAUCAGCUCCACCAAAAAGGUUGUUUUAUUAUUAAUUAUUAGAACAACUUUUAUUGAUUAAAUAUUUAAAGAAGCAAAAUUAAGAGGAGUUCCAGGAUCUGGGAAAUAUAAUAUUGAAAAACCAUUAGAUGAAGUAUUAAAAUAAGUAGAAGAAGAAAAAAAGAAAAAAAUUGAGUAUCAUAAUUAUAAUGAAUUAUAAGAGCAUUUGAAAGACCAACUUAUUUAAAUGAAAUAUAACAUUUAGCAGUUAUCAAUCCUGGACCAGGAAAUUAUAAUCCAAGAGUAUUAUUAUAUUUUAAUUUUUAUUAAGCCAAUAUCAAAAAAAUUAAAGAAAAAUGAAACUAAACCAGCUGAUUUUAUAACAAAGCAUAAAGAGUAGGCAAAAAAAAGAGGAAAAUCAGCAUUACCUGAUGUUGGUUCAUAUAAUCCAGAACCUCUUUCAUUUACUACAUUUAAUAAAUUAUAAGUAAAUUCUAAGAAAAAAGAAAAAGUAGAUAAACAUGUAAAUUAUUAAAAAUUAAGUUAGACUUUUGGAACUGAUACAAGAUUCAAAGAUCCAAAAAAGAGUAAAUCAAAAUAAAUUUUGUUACCUGGACCUGGUCAAUAUCCUAUGAUUGUAUAAUGGCAAGGCAAAGAACAAGAUAAAUCAAAAGCAAAGAUCAAAAAUUAUAUGCAAUCAACUACAAAGGGAAUACAGAGAUCUAUAUAUUAUUGA